GGAAGAGGAGGCACACAUUUUUCACAUUUGUCACUAAUUAUCAUUCCAACUCCAGGAGAGGCAUACAUACAAGAGAUUUUAUUUUUCACCUUUGAUAUCCAACACAUUAGCUCCUUUCACUUUCGUACAUGGGAUCUUUCUAAGUACAUUUUAUGUUUCAUACACAUCAUUCUAUAUAAAAUUAUUUACAUUGUACACUUAUUUCUAAUCAUCUCCUUUUUUACAGAUUAUUUGAUCUCGUUAUACUAGUUAAUGAAUGUUCACAAAGGAUCAUUAUUCAUUAUUGCUUGUUUCCUUUAGUUUGGUUAGAAGGAAGUUCAUCUAAGUUUUUCAAUUAAUUAAUACUUUAAAGUAAAAAAUGAGAUGUGGAUCAGUGAUAGUUGGAAAAUAUCUUUGGUAAUCAACAUAAAGAAGACAAGAAUUUUUUUUAAGUUUCAAACUUUGAUUGUUACAUGUACAUGUAGUUCUGACAUUGAAAACAAGGUGUAAUUUUCCUUUAGAAACAGAGUCGGGUCAAUUAAUAUACCCUUGUAUCAUCUUGAAGAUGAUACUUCAAAAUUAAAACAUAAUAAUUGAAUCAAAUUUAACUUAUCUAGCAUUAAAGUGUCAUUGUGGGUUAUAAUAAUAAUAAUGCUAAUGGUAUAUUUACCCAGCGGGCCCUGCUAUUAUUAUUACCCGGCUAAGCUAGGCUACCUAUUCAGGUGCACACAGCUUUUUGAGGAAUUACUUCCUGCUGGUACCCCUUUUCCUCACCUGGGUCAAGUACAGCACACUGGAUGAAUUCCUAGCUGAAGGAAAUUGCGCCAUGGCUGGGAUUUGAACCCACGACCCUCUGUUUUUAAAGUCCGGAGACUAAUCCACUGGGCCACGACGCUCCACUAAUUUAAUUUUGGGUUUCAUUUUGUUUUCAGUCCCAAUUCUCCAGGUAUUUGCUGUGCAUUUUUAUAUGACUGCACAAAAAGUCCAUCAUGUAUCAGGUUUUGAUAUUAAUUAUUAUAUAGAGUCUAGGGCACUUAAUUAAAAUCCUUUCCCCCUUUAAAAAAAAGGAACUACUUAACUUAUUCCCAGGCUUUUAUUUUGUUUUAUUUUUUUCUUUUAGGAAGGAAGAACUAUGUUUCAAGUCACUCAAGUACCAGGAGCAGGGGCUGAUGCAAAUGCAAGUACUUCAAAUGGUCUAUUAUCGGGUGCUGGGCAUACAUUUCCAAUGACUACAUAUCUCCCUACUUCGUCAACUGUCCCAGUAACAUCUGGAACAAAAGUGAGCUCCACAACAGCAACUAGUCUACCCCCAAUAUCUGUUCCACCCGGGGCUACCAUCACAACACUCAUCUCUCCAACAGGACAAGCCCUAGCAGCAGGCCAAGCACUUCAAGCACUCCAGGUACAGUCGAAUCCUCAGUUGCAGCUUCAACCUAACAUACAAGGCCAGACACCGGCAGCAACGCCCACAGUCUACAGAUUACCACAAGGAGCAAGUCUCGCUGGUACUGCUUCUAAUCCAGUGGUCACUGCCUUUGUCCCGACGCCUGCUGCUGCUGCUGCUGCUUCUGCUGCCACAACCACCACCCAACCCGCUCAGAGUGCCAACACUGUGACCAUGCUCACUGCACCACAAUCAUCCAUGAGUCCUGCAGGUAACAGCAAUGCAUUAGCCACGCCUCUAAUGUACCAUGCUCCACAGGGAGUGGUGUAUGCUGCAUCACCAGCAGGCACUGUCAAUACCCUACCAGAUGGAUUCUUCUUUAACUAUCAAACGGCUGCACACCUACAUCCUACAUCCCAUGCAAACGUAGAAGGAAAGAACACGACGACAGCCACAAGAAAUGUACCAAUGCCGCCUAUUCAGCUGCAUGUCGCAUGCCAACAGGUGACCAGCACACCAAGUGAUAGACCUCUAUCCAUUCAGACAUCAGCAAAAAGACCUGGGGAUGAUCUGUCAACUUCAGCAACUUCAGUUAAGAUACCAUCGUUAGAGGCCAAGCCAUUAUGAUACAAAGCUGCCCUUCCCUGAGAAAUGACUUUCUAUUAAAAUCCUUCUUUACUAUAAACUCAACUGAGACCUGAAAUCAAUUUCUUGCAUGUGGACAUGUCUAUUUUAUAAUGAAGAGAUGUUAUAUUGAAUGAUGAGAGUUCGCACUGUAGCUUUAAGGUAGUAUGGUAGUAAAUUUGAUAUCAAUUGAAUAUUUAUGCCUAUGCACAACGUAGGUGGUUGUUAGAUGCAAUAAUGCUUUUUGGGUCGUCCCUCUGCCCUACUGUACCAUUUUUGUUUUGCUGAUAACUCAAGGACUGUUAGACAGAUCAAUUUCAAACUUGGUAUAAUUAUGCAUAGGAGUGGCAAUGAUCUGAUCAGUUUUUUGUGAUAUAAAAAUUAAGGAGUCAUUAUUUACAUUGAUAUAUCUUGUUCUCAACAUUGUUAGAGGGAUCAAAUUCAAAUUUUGCUCAUAUAUGCAUGUUGGAGGGAAAACGAUCUGAUUAGAUAACAAGGCCAAAGGUCACAGAGGUCAUUAUUUGCAUAUCUCAGAAGUGCUUCUGAACUGGCUACGGCAGAGUCUUCAAUUUGACUGCAGUUUAGAAUCUAUCUACCUGUAGUUUAUUAACAUUUUUUUCACCCAUUGAAAUAUCUUUACGCUCCACCUAAUUAGUAAAUAGUUUUACGCUCCACCUUUAGAUACAUGUGCAAUUGUUAACAACUGUUAUACUCUCAAUUUGAAAUAAGUUAAUAUCCACUGCUUACAACUGGGCGUUGUGGCGUGCGCCUGUAAUCCAAGCUGUGGGAAGUUACAAAUUGAUGCAGAGUUUUGAGCCCUGGUCACGUCUUUCGGAUGGUGACGUUAAAGGUCGGUCCCAGACGUAAAUAAUCAUAUCUGAUUGAUACACGUCUGACAAAACUCAAAUACACACACUUUUCAGGGACAUGUAUUUGGUAAAUAAGUAAUUUAAUCUCAAUUUAGUCAUCUGUGAAGAAAUUGUUACUGAUCAAUUUGAGUGGAGCAGUUGCUAUGAAGUUUUAGUUUUUCUGUCCUGAUUCCUACGGGCAGUGAUUAGAUACAUUUAAGUACAGAUUCGAUUCAAUGAAUUCAGUUAUUUCAUGUGGAUCCCAUGACACAAAGGACUGCAAUCAAUCUCAAAAUGUCAAUGACCAAUCAAAGGUCAAUGUUGCUUGCCCAUUUUGUUGAUAUGAUUGAUCAGUAACCAAAUAUAUUUUUUUCAAAUCGACUUUUGAUCACAACCAUUUGUGUAAUGGGUCCAUGUAGUUUAUACUACAGACAAAUUCUAUCAAAACGUUGCAGUCAUUUGAUUCACCUAAGGCAGCACAACUACUACCUUUGCAUUUUCUUAAAUUAAAAUUCACAAAAUGUUUCUUGUAUUCUGAUUGGAAAAAAAAACUUUUUCCCCUGAUACAUCAUGAAAUUGUUUGUUUAUCAUGUUAUUUUUUUUUUACUGAAAACAUAUAUUGUGCAUGCCAAGAAUACUCAUAUUUUUUAGAUUGAAAAACUCUUUUGAUUGAUUGAUUGAUAAACUGUUAUUGUGCAAGUAGCAAAAGUACUUGGGUCAUUAGAAAAGAAUGAGUUAUUUUCUAUAUUAUCAUUCCAGUUGUAGUGCAUGGUAAACAGUACUUAUUAAAUAUACAGAAAAGACCAGCUUGGCAUCCAUGGUAUUCUAGAGUUUGCUGAUACAGAUUACAGAGAGGACCAUUCUUUCAAAUAUCUAACUGUCUGUCAGUGAUAAGGUUAAAGCAACUAUUCUAUUUUUCUUUGAAAAUUAGCUGGUGACAUUUGAUUGGCCAGCGGCAAAUAUGUGAUAGAAAUUAAGCAUUUGUUAAUUAAUGAAGAGCACUGUAAAACGGCACUCAGGGACGCGGUCAUGCAGUUAUGCAGUUGGACACUGCAUAUUCAAAGAGGCUCUUUGAAUGGAGUAUGAAUUGAAAUAGUAAGUCAGUGUCAAAUAUUAUCAGCCAUUCACAGAAUUUAAAAGAACCUUAGAAAGUCAUCCAAAAAUGAUUAUAUCCCUCUCAAUUAUACGGGAUACCGGGGUAAAUUAAAAAAUUAACGAAAGUUUCUUGGCAAUUGGUCUUUAUUGAUUGACAUGUCCAUUUAAUGAGUAUGUACUCCAAUUGGAAAUUGGAAAUAUUGGCUUUAUAGGGUUUGGACAUAAUGCUGUCUGAUGAUUUUUAUUGACAAACAAAUGUGUACGUUUUGAAAUAUUUCUUCAACUUAAAUAUAGAUUUACAUCUAGACAAUGACAGAGGGCGUUAGCUGCUUUAAAGUUGGAUGUGUUCAAAUUAAUUUUCCGACCAUGUUUGAUGUUUAAUGGUAGUAGAUGGUAUCCAUAGACAGUGCCUUAAAGAUUGAUGGUCAAAUACCUAUUGACUGUACUGAAAUAAGCUGACAGAAUUCUUCUAGAAUAUGGUGGAUGUUAUAUAUCCUGGGCACAUUGCAGAAAGAGUUGUGUUUAAAAAAAAAAUUGAAGCGUAUAUAUAUAUAUCUCUCAUACGCGCAUUUCAUUGGUUGAAAAUCAAGUUGCGCUAGAUUUUUGGACUUGAUUUUGAUUGCAAAUCUUUCUGCAACAAUUUUCUGGGCCGCAUUGCAUAAAAGUUACUAUUAUGGUAACUUUACCAUCCUGUGGUAACUUGCAUGGUAUCCUUGAGUUUGAUUGGUUGUCCAGCAUCAAUGCGAUGGUGGUUGCCAUUGGAUGACAAUAAUUGUAACUUUUAUGGGAUAGGGCCCUGGACUGUCAAAUUUAUUGUUGGGAAUUUUAUGAGGAGAGUUAGAUUUAUUAUGCUCCUAAUUUUUGAUGCUUUACAUCACAAUGGUGCUAUAUGUUAGAAAGAACAAAUAUUCAUACAUGUGUAUGUAGACAAGUUUUAUCACUAUUUUUCUUACAUCUGUAAUUGUAAUUUGAACUCGAUGCUCAUAUUUUUGUUUAUAUUACUUUGCCACAUGAAUCAAUAGACUUAGCAUUUUCAAGAAUUGCAAGAUAUAUUUUCGUAAUCUUAUUUUGUGCAAAAAUUUCCAGAAAAAUUGUUUAAAAUAUUCAGAAGCAGAAAAGUUUAAUUUCAUUUGGAUGUAAUGGAGUUGGUAGCGUGUAACCUAUGAAAAUUAUGGUGUUUUAUGUGCAUGUUUGUGCAUAAAUUAUGUUGCUAUUUGAAGUUACUUGUGGGGUACAUUAGGCCUUAUUGUCUGAAAUCGCUUUGAGAUUACACUGGCUGAUUUAAAUGAUAGUGGUGACUGCCACGAGAUAGAUAAAGAUAUGCCCCAACAUUUGUGGACCCUAUCUAUUCCAUAUCCUGAAUUAGAUUUUAUCAUAUCAAUUUGACUUGCAAUAUUACUAUAAUAUUACUAUACUAAUAUUACUAUUAAUAUUUUUGUUUGGGGUUUUACGCCUCAGGAAAUAUAGUAAUUCCCUGUUCAACCUGGGAUAAGUAAUUCCCCACUAUACUUUCUCCAAGCCUGGUAUAUUUGCAUACUGUGUAGUUCAGCAGUCCUUGCUUGCCCUCAGUUUUGACCAACAAAUCAGAGACUUUGAUAAAGGCCUGUUGGGUAAUGUACAGUAUACUCCUUAAAAUAAAUCCUAUGGAUCAGCGGUUUCUUUAAUGUGCAAAUAUACAUGACUGUACAUACAUCAAUGAGUAACUUCCGUGAAUUGAAAUGUACAGUAUCUUUGUAAAUAUAGGAUUUAUUUGUAAACUUUACUGCCAUUAACUUAUUUAUGAAGAUUUGUAACAUUGAUGCUUUAAUAUUGAAGUUGUUCCAUGCCUUGUAUUACGAAUUAAGACGUGUCUUACUUUUUCGAUUUGUACAAAUAUACAAUUUGAACUCUGUAAUUUCUUGGCACAAAAAGUAAGAUUAAGGACAGAGAAGUCUUUUUCGGCACUGUUCUAUUGAUUACUUUUGUUGCUUUAAUUUGACUCUUUGUUUCAAAGGAGACAGAUUAUUCAAAGUCACACUUGAAGUGCCUAAUACUGUGUGUUGGAUAUGUCACAUUAUGUCUACUGUUU